AAUCGUAAAAACAAUGUAGUUGGGCAAAUAGGUCAGAAUAAGUCAAUAACAUAGAGUGAUGAUGGAAACAAGAUGAUUCCUGGAUUGUUGAGUGUGUAAUCGUAAUCUGCCUCUGAGUGGAGAGAUAUGGAAGAAUCGCAAGAGAUUUUGUUGAAAUCGCUGGCGAACGCUGGGGUUGCGAUUCCGCGGGAGGCUUUGUCAGUUGGAGAUCUAACACCGGAAGCGUUGGUGUCGAUCUGUGCUCAUUCUCUUCGUAUAAUUUCGAGCUCGGAAUCCUUUCCGAUCACUUUGCCGGAUUCUAUGGUCGAUCGUUUUAAAAUCUGCACCGAUCUUGCCUCAUCCGUCAAAGACCUAGGUUACAUCGGCGACAUGAGCUUCCAUAAGUUCCUGUAUCCAUCCGAAGAAGACAUGUAUAGGUUGAUAAGAUUUUUGGUUGGGAAGCUCUCUGAAUCAUCUACAACUGCAGUAUUAUUAAACACAAAGGAUAAUAAUGCAAAAGCAAUGAUAAAUGAUGAAAAAUCAGAAAGAUCAUCCAAUGAUGAGGAACAAGAUUUGCAUACCAAAUUCGAAGGCGUAAAACUGAGAACUGAAGAAGCGGUGUCAAAUUCAAUUCAGUAUCCUGAAGAAGAUUUUGGAGCUCAUGAUUUGUUGAAAGCAGCAGUGGAAAUGGCUUGUGAUGAACAACACAUCGAUUCACACAUUACACAGCUAAAUGAGCAAAUAGACGCCAGGAAAAACAAUCUUGCAAAACUGGAGUCAAAAUGGAAAGCCAUCAUAAAGCCUUUAGAAGAUAAAAAAAGAAAUCUUGAAGAAGCACUAUGUGCAAAUCAGCCAGAGUCUCAAGACCUGGAGUCCAUAUUGUUUGAAACAAAGCAGAGGGAAGAGGAAAUUUCCAAGGUGUCAAGAGAAGUUGAGAAAGUAGCGAAAUUGGCAACAAGGAGAUCUUACAUUGAACGGAUAAAAGAGAUCACAAAAAACAGCAGGAAACAGGAGAUUGACAUAGAACGGAUCUUAAAAGAGACCCGAGAGCUUCAGUUGGAAAGUAACAUCAUUCAAGAACGCCUGCAUCGAACUUACGCUGUGGUGGAUGAGACACUACUCAGUUGUUUUUGUAGGGAAGCAAAGAAGGAUCAAGUGGGGGAAGAAGCACACAUUUUGGUGACAGGUAUCCAUGAGAGUUUUGAAGAAAUAUCUGAAAAGAUCCUUGCAACUGACAGAGCUCGUAGAGAAAUGACAGACCUUGAAACUAAGCUUUCGAGUAUUGCUUCACGAACUUUAAAUAUCGACAAACUACAGGCAGAUCUUGAUGCCUUAAGGAAAGAAAACAACUACCUUCAAUCUCUCUGUAUCUCCCCCUCGCUUCAGUAGUAAUCUUAAAUCUUCAAACCUCCUUAAUCUACUUUUUUCAACACUAUUCUCAUCAAUUCUAUAUCACUUUAGUUCCCUUUCUGGUACCCCAUUUAUUGCCUUUUUCAUCUACUAUUCGUGAUCAUAGAUGCAAAAGUUACACAUUCAACCUUGUUUUAAAGAAUAAUAUAUAAUCAAAAUUAUGAAGAGCUUUGUAAAUUCACAAGCAAACUUAUAUUA